AUGAGUGCGGUCAAAAUGUACCUCCUCCACCUCCUAGUGGUUUCUUGUCACUUCUUCGGCGCACACGCCAAACACCUAAAAACCCAGGACUCCAUCGAGAUGUUCAUGUACGCCUUGAUCAGCAUGAAAGGUCUGUCCUUCUACCUCUACUGCCUCGUCAGAAUCCUCCAACUCUUCGGCAUCCUCAACCUUCCCGAAACGCAACUCGAGAAUCUCCGAAUGCAAACCGACAACUACAUGUGCCAGAAGAACUUCCAACAAUCCCUCAAGAGGCGCAUCAACAAGUACUACAACUACAAAUUCAGCCACAAGUUCUUCUCCGAGCAACUCGUCCUCAGCACUCUGUCGGAUCAUCUGAAGAUGGAAGUUCUUCUUUACAGCUGCCACAACCUCAUCGAAGAAGUGCACAUCUUCCAAGGACUGUCUCGAUCCGCCGUGGGAUGCAUGCUGGCGCUGCUGAAGCAGGAAAUUUUCGUGCCGGGGGACCAAAUUCUACACUCGAAGGAAGAUGCCGGCUGCUUGUACUUUAUUCUUUUUGGGACUUGCGCGAUCAGUACGAUGUGGGAGCAAGAGGUGUUGCAUAUAGAAGACGGGUAUUAUUUCGGGAAUAUCUUGAAUCAUGCGAAGUACAACGCGAAAGACAUCAUCUACACGAUCACGGCGUUGGAAAUGGUGGAGGUUUACAAGCUGGAAGCGGAAGACUUUUUGUACUGCUGCAAGACGUAUCCUGAGAUCCAACAGAAGAUGGAUAAGGCGGAGAAAUUGAAGUAUCGGCGGUAUGGGUACUUGUUUAUUAAGCAACCGGAGGCUGAUACGACUGGGGGGAUCCUUCAGGAGUUGAGGGAAGGGAAGAUUUUGGAACAAGGGUUGAUGAGGACACUCUUCACUUAA